AAAACCCGGAAGUGCAGGAGAGCGGAUGGUGAUGAUGACAGAAGCGUUUCGGCUGCAGAGCGACUUCAGCCCUGAGGAAGAGGAGCAUUUAGAGCUGCCGAGGUUUCACUGGAAUAAUAAUAAUUAGUGAUUUAACUCAGACUGAUAAGGACGGAGAGUUUUCACGGAUUAACGGCUCACAGAGAUGCAGAAACGCUGAUGAAUGAAGAGAAAAAUGAACGUCGUCUGUCUGUGAGAGGAACUCUCCUGUGAGCUUUUAAAGACGUUUGUUAAAUAAAACCAUGUCCAUGUGAGUCGGGGCGGAGCAGGUAGAUGAGUAGAUGAUUCUGUUAAUAAAUUCUCAGAUCUCACAGUGUGACUGGACGGAGGACGGAGAGAUGUCAAGGUGACGCUGAUUAUUUCUCCCGAUAAGUGUAGUUUCGUGAGUCGAGUUUCAGGACAGUCCACACUGCCACACGGAUCAUACAGCAACUUCCUGUUCCAUCCUCAGUCUGUAUAACCGCCCACCCUGUCCACUGUGGGAGCAUGGCGGAGCCCAGGUCGGACCCUGACGGAGUCGUAUGUGAAGAGAAACCGAUGAGCGAAAACGAAGCGAGCAGCCGAACAGACGACAAGGAAAAGACGUCCACCGAGACGCCCCUGUCUCACACAGGCACGACCUGCUCGGACAGCGAGGACGCCAGUGCGGUGAGCAGCAGGAGCCUUUCUGAGAGGGAGGACUCGGAGAUCACGUCGUCCGUGAGCAGUGUUGUGGAUGAGACGCUGUCUGUGUCCACUCUGAACGAUGUGUCCGCGUCCACGGAUGACCCUCAGACGUCUGUGAGGUCGGCGCUGGACGGUGAGGACGAGGCGGAGGUGAAGGCGGCUCGAGGAGUGCCGUCGUGCAGAGACGAUGUGACGUGUGUAGAGGCGGAGCAGGCUACAGUGUCGACGCCCCCGUCUGUACCGCCUUCAGCACCCUCGUCCUCAUCGGCCCCUCCCUCAGUACAGACGCAUUACUACAUCAAGUGGAUCACGUGGAAAGGGGAAAAGACUCCCAUCAUCACGCAGAGUGAAAACGGACCCUGCCCCCUGCUGGCCAUCAUGAACAUCCUCUUCCUCAGGUGGAAGGCGAAGUUACCCGCCCAGACGGAAGUGAUCUCCAUCGAGGAGCUCAUGGCUCACCUCGGUGAGUGUGUGUUGUCCAUUAAGCCGAGAGAGAAGGCCGAGGGCAUGGAGCUCAAUUUUCAGCAGAACAUGAGCGAUGCCAUGGCCGUGCUGCCGAAGUUAUCGACGGGUCUGGACGUAAACGUGCGCUUUACAGGUGUGACGGAUUUCGAGUACACGCCCGAGUGCAUCGUGUUUGAUUUACUCAACAUUCCUCUGUAUCAUGGUUGGCUGGUGGAUCCACAGAGCCCGGAGACGGAGUCGGCAGUGGGGAAACUGAGCUACAACCAGCUGGUGGAGAAGAUCAUCAUCUACAAACACUCGACAGACAGCAGCCGAGCGAGCGAAGGUUUGAUAGCGGAGCAGUUUCUGGAGUCGACGGCCACCCAGCUUUCGUAUCACGGCCUGUGUGAACUCAACACCACCGCCAAGGAGGGAGAGCUGUGUGUGUUCUUCAGGAACAAUCACUUCAGCACCAUGAUCAAGCACAAGGGUCACCUGUACCUGCUGGUGACGGAUCAGGGCUUCCUGCAGGAGGACACCGUGGUGUGGGAGAGUCUCCAUAACGUGGAAGGAGAUGGGAAUUUCUGUGACUCGGAAUUCCGACUGUGUCUCCCGUCCCAGAAGAAUCCGAGCAAGCCGACGGCGCAGCAGAUGCAGCAGCAGAUCGAUCAGGACUACCUGGUGGCUAUGUCUCUGCAGCAGAGUCAGGGUGAGGCUCCUGGACCUUUAAGUGAUCUGGAGUUAGCGAGACAGUUACAGCAGGAAGAAUAUCAACAACCUCAGCAGCCUCCACACGCCUCCAGCGAGCAGAUGAGAGGAGGACAGGUGUCUCAUCACGGAGGACGGAGACGGCAGGCUGAGAAGAAGGACGACUCGGACUGCUCCAUCUUAUAAGUCAGGAAAACAAACGCACACGCGCACAAACCUUUAUAUGCAACUGAACCAGAAGACACAGAUGCCACGAAUGCGUGUGAAAGCGUCCACGUUGUUUUAUCUCCAAAAUGAAACGUCCACAAAUGUAGAGGUUCAGCUGAGGGAUGGGUGGGUGUGUGUAGGGGGGAUAUUUGCUUAUUUAGCUUUGCACUGGAGCUACCAUGCUAAUGUAGCUAACAUGUUAUGUAAAUCUGUCUCACCGCCAUUAAAGGUUCAGUAGCCAAAUGAAAUAUAUGUGAGCUCUAAACGUCUCGUUAAACAACCGCAGUGAAAAAAACCUAAUUGUUAUAAAAUAAUCAAUUAAACAUUGCCAAAACUC